CCACCGCAUAAGGUUAAGAAGAGAGACAAAUUGAGACCGGCGUGGCGUGGGAAGGCAGCCAUGGCGGACAAGGACGAGGAGCAGCAGCAGCAGCAGCCGCUACACAUCCUCUUCUUCCCCUUCCUCAUCCCGGGCCACCUCAUUCCGAUGGCCGACAUCGCCGUGGUCUUCGCGGCUCGCGGCGUCAGGUGCACCAUCCUCACCACCCCCGUUCAGGCUUCCAUCAUCGGCUCCAUCGUCGACCGCGCCAACAGCAACGACGACCUCUCUUCCCAGUCGGUCCAUGUCGCCGUCGUGCCUUUCCCCGACGUCGGGCUCCCGCCGGCUGGCCAGCGCGGCACGGGCCUUGUAUCCCAGGAAGAUAAAGUGAAGUUCGGCCGGGCGGUGCAGCUGCUCCGGGAGCCCUUCGAACGGUUCCUGGCUGACAGCCAUGCCGACCUCGACGCCGUGGUCUCCGACGGCUUCUACCACUGGUCCGUGGACGUCGCGGCUGAAUACGGCGUGCCGCGUCUCAUGUUCCUCGGCAUGGGUGUGUUCGCCCGGUCCUGCUCCGAGCACGUGUUGUCGCAGGAGCAUAGGCACAACCCCGACGGCGACGAUCCUGAUGCCGUCGUGUCGCUGCCGGGUCUACCGCACGGCGUGGAGCUGAGGCGGAGCCAGAUGAUGAAGGAGCCGCACUACCUGGAGUUCUUCCGGUGCGUCUAUGCCGCAGGCCGGAGGAGCUACGGCGAGCUGUUCAACAGCUUCCAAGAGCUGGAGCGGGACAGCGCCGAGCACUACCUGGGCGUCAGCGUGGGCGCCAGGGACAACGCGUCGUCUGCGGAGGCCCACCAGGUGAUCGGAGGCGGCGUGAUUGCCAAGUGUGUCACGAGACUGAUGGAGGUGCAGGGCGACGUAAUGCGGAAGAAGGUGGAAGAUCUUGGCGUCAAGGCAAGAGACGCGGUGGAGAAGGGUGGCUCGUCGUACGGUGACGUUGGACGGCUGGUGGACGACCUUAAGGCCCGUCGGAGUAGGCAACGUGAUUGA